GAGCCAGGACGCGCCUCCGGGAGGACGCGAGGACGCGCCUCCUCCGCAGCGAGAGAGACUCGGAGCGUCCGGGAGCUGGAGAGGAUGAAGAGGACCACCUUCCUGCUGGUGCUUGGCGUCUUGCUGGCCUUGAGCCGGUCUCAGUCGGACCCGGGAGGCGACGAGCCGGCCGGAGAGGAGGAGCAUGUGGAGCUGUUCACCACGCCGGCAACCAAGAUGGCCGCCGCCACCUCGGACUUCGGCUACAACCUGUUCCGCGCUCUGGCGAGCCGCCAGGCCGCGACCAACAUCUUCCUGGCCCCCACCAGUGUGUCUGCGGCGCUGACGCAGCUCUCCAUGGGAGGGUCUGAGAAUGCUCAGAGGCAGCUGUUCAGGGCCCUGAGGUACCACACCCUGCAGGACCCUCAGAUCCACAACACCCUCAAAGACCUGCUGGUCUCUGUCCGGGCGCCUGGAAAAGGCCUGAGCGGCGCCGCACGCCUCUACAUGGCCCGACGCCGUCUGAAGCAGGACUUCUUUGGCAUCGUGGAGCAGCAGUAUGGAUCUCGCCCCAAGACGCUGCAGGGAGGGAACAAAGAUACCAAAGAGAUCAACGACUGGGCGGCGCGGCAGACCGGCGGGAAGGUGCAGCACUUCUUGAACAAGCCCCUCCCCCCAAACUCUGGAGUGAACACUGUGAGCGCCGCCUACUUCAAAGGGAAGUGGGCCACUCGGUUCGGUCAGAGUGGAGCGACGGAGAACUUCCAGGUGGACGGCGGAGCACCUGUCAGCAUUCCCAUGAUGCAACAGGACAACUACCCUGUGAAGAUGGGCGUCGACUCAGAUUUGAGCUGCACGAUCGCUCAGAUCCAGAUGCAGGACGACGUCAGCAUGUUCGUCUUCCUGCCCGACGACGUGACCUCCAACACGACCCUGCUGGAGGAGAGUCUGACCGCCGAGUUUGUGCAGGACCUCUCCAUGACGCUGCACCCGGCCGUGGUGUCCCUCGCUCUACCCACCCUGAGGCUCAGCUACUCCACAGACCUGCUGCCGCUGCUCAGCGACCUGGGUCUCUCUGAGUGGCUGGCCAACCCCGAACUGGAGAAGAUCUCAAACCAGCGCAUCAAGCUCAGCAGCGUCAAUCACAAGGUCGUCAUGGAGACGGCGCCCGAGGGGAACCACUACCCCGACGCCACCUCGGCGACUCACCUGUCCUACCGGGUGGACCGGCCCUUCCUCUUCCUAAUCCGGGACGAAGCGUCGGGGGCGCUGCUCUUCAUUGGCAGGGUGGUCAACCCCAAGGACCUGACAAUGUAACACACACACACACACACACACACACACACACACACACACACACACACACACACACACACACACACAGACCUGUACUUCUAUCUUUGUGAGGACACUUCACUGAAUGCAUUGCCUAGCCCCUUAAACCUUUACCUUUACCCUAAAUCUGCCGCACACACACUAAAUCUACUGCACACGCACGCACACACACACACACACACACACACACACACACACACACACACACACACACACACACACACACACACAUUCUCUCUUAGCAGGUCCUAGGAGGGAUUUUGGGUGUUUGCUUUGCUUUUCUGGUGACAGAUAUUUGCGAGUUUAUUGGAUUUUUCUUUUUUUCUUAAACACACUGACAAUACUCUGAGCUCGCAAUAUUCUUUUAAAAAAAAAUCUAUAUUGUCAUAAUUUGUGUAAAAUGAAAUAAACGACAAUGAA